GUUUUUUGCAAGAAAUGUACUUAUUUUUCUCUUUGUCCUAUAAUGUCCUCAAUGCAACAUUGUAGUUAUUUUUUCAGAUAGUUUGGUAAAAUCAAAAUUUUCUAACAGUAUUUCAGAAUUACUCAGGAAUAGAAGAAAUCUGAACGAACUUCCAGAAACUUCAGCUCCUUCAAGAGACUCUCUGCUUCUAAUUUUUGCUUGGAAAAGGAAAUCACUGGGAUCCCACCAUGGAUGUAGCCGACAUGCUCAUAGAUAAAAUCUUCAAGUGGGUGAAGCUGCAGAAAGAAGCUGCAGAGAAGUUUGACAAACUGGCCACUGAGCUGGAGGAAACCAAGAAAGGUUGCAACAUCGGCAAAGUUGUAGGCAGCUCAGUGUCUGUGGGAGGAGCGGCGGCCAUGACAGUUUCUGGCAUAUCAGCCCUGGUCACUGGAGGAGCUGCGAUCCCGUUCCUGUUCACAGCUGGAGCCGUGGCCUCUGGCCUCGGUCUGACCACUAACCUGACCUCAGAUGUUGUGGACAUCACUGUGGCCAGCUUAAACAUGAAAGAAGCCAAACAGACGGGUGAGAAGAUUGAGAAUCUCGAAAAGGGAAUUGAGAAACUGAUGAAAACGCUAAAGGAGGAAGGAGAGCGGAUGGAGAAACAGGCUUCAUCUGUUGAGAAACUUUCUCCAGAAGAUUAUGUUGUAGAAAUGAUCGUGAGGGCCAUGGCCAAACGAGAGGGGCUGAUGCUGAACGCCAGGAUCAGUCUGCAGAACAUGCUGUCUGGUUUCUCCAAAACACUAAUCAGUGAUAAGGAGGCAGAUUUCGCUCUUCUUGGGAUUUCUUUAGCUUCCAAGUUUGCGAUGAUCGCAGCUAGAAAGUCUGGGAAGAGUUUGGUGUCAAAUGGUCUUCCAGAGCUGGCAGCAGCCAUGGGAGCAAAAGCUGCAGGCAAAGCAGUCGGACGGGUUGGAGCAGGAGUGGUUGGGUUGGCGUUUUCAGUUCCUGAGCUGGUGAUCAACUGUGUCGAUGUGAAUAACUGUAAGACUGAAGCCAGUCAGAGUCUGAGGAAGAACGCUGUGGACAUUCGGAAAGCUUCUGACCAGAUGGAAACCGACCUUAAAAACAUUCAAUCGAUCUUCCGGAGGUUAGCCAAGAUUAAACGCAGCAUUGAAACCAAAAACAAGAGCAGUGACGACCAUCAAACUCUGCUGAAGUUUGCACUGGAUACCUGCAAAGAUGAAUCCGUUAGGAAGUGGCUCAGGGAAAAUGCAGACUCUAAGAUCUUCUCCAACCUGGUGGACAUGUUCCAGUUCCUGAAGGAAAAGAUUGAUGAGGAAGAGGAGAAGAACCACAGCAACGAAGUUGACAUCACCUUUGUGGCUCAUGGAGCGAUCACUGCCUCCAUGAUGCCAGCCAGCUGCCUGCUGCCUCUGACCACCGUCUCCGACGUUGUCCUGUACUCGCCCUGGAACUGCUACCUUGAAGCUACCGCGGCGUACGGUAUCGCCACAGGGAAGAUUCAACCUGUCCACAGAGAGUUUUACUGCUCACCUGAUCGUGGAUGCAAGGUUCCAGAUAACAGGCAUCGACCCAAACAUCUCCCUGAUGGGUGGAACUCCAUGAAGAAAACUGGAAAUCAAGAGAUUCCCAACAUCAUCGUGUCUCCUUUAAAAACACCUGAAGAUGGCGUCUGGAAGAAAUUUGAGAGGCUGGAAAGCAGACAUGGCAACCCUGGAAGAAACCAUAUCCUCAUCCCAUUGAUCCUCCCAGAGGAAAAUGAUGAAGAUGAUGAAGACAUCCCUCUGCCUGUGGUCACCUUGGCUCUGUCGCUGGUGCUCAUGUUCUCCAGGUUUCAGGCAACGCUCCACCUCACCGUCUGUCUGGGGAAACUCUCCAGAAAAAUGAAACUGGAUGAGGAAGCUCUGAAGCAGCAGUAUGCCUGCACCAUCGACUUCACAGGAAUGACCUCAGCUGACAAGAUGUUGGCUUCCACGUUCCAAUCUAUGAUAUCUUCAGUGAUAAAAUUCUUCAGAAGAACAGAAAGCAGUGCAGAAAACCAAGUACAUGAGAGGCUGGCCAAAGCUUUCAAAGCCAUGUUCGGUUGAACUCUGAGACAAAAUGGCUACUCAGAAAAUACAAAUAAAACCAGAACAUCUCUGGUUUCAUGAAGUCGAUGUUUUGGACUCUGGCUUCAGAUCCAUCUCAACGAGUUUUAGUUGAUUAAUCAUAGAAAACAUUCAUCAGAUUUAUGUUAUUCCACUUUCUGUUCAGUUUUUGUUAACUUUUACUGCACUGCCAUCUAGUGGUCUUAGACUGCAAAGGAAAUUUACCCCCAGUUUAAUUAAUUUAUUUAGUCGCAGUGAGUACAGUUAGAGUCAGUCUGUUCAGUCAUAUUUACAUUAAAGAAAAUAACAAUCCAAUCAAAACAGAUUCAAAACUCAAACUCAGGACAUCAAAUAAUCAAAAAGUUCAGGUGACUGCAUUAAAUCAUUUAGUUUCCAGCAACAGGCAACAAACUGGAUGAGCUGCAGACAAACGCUUAUAUUUCUCAUAUCUGUGGUUUUAUUUCUUCUUGUUUUCU